AUGGCUUCCUCCAUUCUAAAUUCAUUCUUACUACUCUUCUUCUUACUCUCUCUGCUCUUCUUCUCCACAACAUGGGCUCUCAACUCUUCUUCUUCCACCACUACCACUUCUCUAGAUUCCCAUCUCUCUUCUAUAAGAUCUGUCUGCAAAUCCACACCAUACCCAGAUGUCUAUUUCAACUCACUCAAGCUCUCCAUUUCAAUAAACAUAAGUCCCAACAUCCUCUCCUAUCUCCUUCAGUCCCUUCAAACAGCUUUAUCCGAAGCUGGAAAGCUGUCCAAUCGAUUUUCCCAACUGGGACCCUCCAACAUCAUUGAGAAACAGAGGGGAGCAGUCCAGGACUGCAAGGACCUCCACCAAAUAACAGUAUCUUGUCUGCAGAAAUCAGUGUCCAGAGUCAACUCAGCUAACACCCAAAAACUAGCCGAUGCGAGGACCUUCCUCAACGCAGCCCUCACCAACAAGAACACUUGCUUAGAAGGCCAUGAUUUCCCAUCGAGUCCUCUGAAACCGACCCUGGUGAACUCCAUUAUCACCACAUACAAGCACGUCAGAAAUUCUCUCUCAAUUCUCUCUAGUUCCAAUUUUGAACCACCGGCCGCAUUGAAUGGCCAUAACAAGCGCCGCUGUCUCAUGGGUAUGGGUUUUCCGGAAUGGGGGGUUUCAGUGAAGGACGGCCGCAUCUUGCAGAGUUUCGGCGACGCAUAUGAUCCGAGCCAGGUGCUCACGGUGGCCGCGGAUGGAAGUGGAAACUUUACUACAGUCACUGAUGCUGUUAAUUUUGUGCCAAACAACAGUGAUGUGAGAAUAAUUAUACAAGUGAGAGAAGGGGUUUAUGAGGAGAAUGUGGAGAUACCAAAUAACAAGCCCAACAUUGUGAUGUUUGGAGAUGGAAGCGAUACGGGCAACAGAAGCGUGGUGGAUGGUUGGACUACUUUCAGAUCAGCCACUGUUGCUGUCUCCGGGGAUGGGUUUCUGGCAAGUGACAUAACUUUCGAGAAUAGGGUUGGACCCGAGAAGUACCAAGCAGUUGCACUGCGCAUCAACGCGGACUUUGCAGCAAUGUACAAGUGCACCAUAAUCGGUUACCAAGACACACUCUACGUCCAUUCCUUCAGACAAUUUUAUAGAGAAUGCGACAUUUAUGGGACCAUUGAUUUCAUAUUUGGUAACGCAGCCGUUCCUUUCCAGGCAUCCAACAUAGUAUCAAGAAAGCCCAUGCCGGGGCAGUUCACAGUGAUCACUGCCCAGUCCAGGGACAUUCUAGACAAGAACACUGGGAUAUCCAUACAGAACUGUUCCAUUGUGGCUGCAGAGGACUUGUACAACAUGAAUAAUUCCGCCAGCAGCAAGAUCAAGAGCUAUCUGGGGAGGCUGUGGAAGGUGUACGCUCAAAUGGUGUAUAUUGAAUCGUACAUCGAUGAAUUCAUCGACCUGGCAGGGUGGACGGAGUGGCCUUCUAGUGAUCCUCAAGGAGGCUUGGACAGUUUGUACAAUGGAGAAUAUGAGAAUAGUGGGCCGGGUUCGGGGACUGAGAAUCGAGUCAGUUGGGCAGGGUACCACGUAAUGGAUUACUAUCAUGCCUCUAAUUUCAGUGUUUGA